CAAGUGUGUUUCUAUAUAAGAAUAAGAAAAGAAGAAAUUUUGAAAAGGCAGAAAAUGCAACUGUGCGUAUUGUCUCCGAUGUGCUCGAUCGCCAUGGUUAAUUCCUCAUCCGACGGCGCCGCCCACAGCCCCAAAUCCUAGGCCGGAAGAGUUCGCCAUCAGCCGCCGGCCGCUGGGAGUGCCACCGCCAUCCCGCGGCUGAGCUCCUCACGUCCUGCCGCCUGCGCCGACUCGUGCCGGCCACCCCUACCCACUCGCUCCCGCGGCCUCUCUCCAAAGAAGCAGGCGCCGGGCCAGCGCCACCCCAGAUCCGUGGCUGCCGCCGCGCCAGCGGGAGCGCUGGGCAUCUGAUCCGCAGGUACGCGCGCCAAAUCUGUCCCGGUAAAUCUCUGCGCUACUCACCUCAAGGUUUUGAUAGGACUACUCCCCGUGCUACGAUUUGUUUGCAAGAUUGAACGGCGGUAGCAGAAGCCGUAUGGUUUUAGGGGAUCUAGGGGAAUGGUAGGGCUCCAGCUCCGGCUUAUGUUGCGGCUUCAACUGAAACCGUUCCAAACAGUCAGUCAAAAACGGCUUCACCACUGAAGCACUUGAGAAGCUGAAGCUGUUUUACAUGGAGAAGUCGGAGAAAAAAAAAGCAGCUCCUCCGACUCCUCAUUUUAAAAAUGAGCCGGAGCUCUAGGAGGUUCAGUAGGUGCGAAAAUUCGGCAGUUCGCCCGGGUGCUUCAGUUUUCGCAAAUUUCAAGUGCGAUAGCAUGUGAAGCUAGCAAAUUGGCUGCUAGCUGUCUGAAACAGAUGAAAACAGAGUAGGGGUAAAGAGGGGAGCCAGAGACAAGACUCAAAGUGAGAUGGUGGCCUCAUAACCUUCUCCUGGAGGGCACAGCAGUAUAGUGAGUAAGUACCACUGAUUAAUGUGCAAGCAUCUGUCCACAAUAUCAUAUGUGAUUACUUCGCAUACCCAACAAAGAUAAAAUUUCAUAUGUUGCAAUGCGCACACAUUAUAGAGAAAGAUCACUACUGGUAACCAUCAGCUAGCGUAACACGUAUCACUUCAUGAUAACUUCUCCUUCCUUUUGCCCUCUUCUAACAUGGAAAUCCCGUAUCUAUGCUAUGCAUCUCAACUGCUGCAUCCCUGACGCAUAUCCGCUCUGCUAGUGCCAGCUCAAGUAUCAUGAUCGACAACAUGACCUUGUUGGUGUCUUCCAUUCCAUUUCCUUGACCCUGCAUAUUGGUUGCAUAAGCUUGUUUGGGUAGUAGGACUGGGUCAACAAUGUUCAGUAGACAGUAGCAUCCCUGGAAUUGCAUUCUCGGCAUACCUCUGCAAGGUCAACCCAUCUGAAACAGCUCAAGGACGACGAUUCCGAAGCUGUAUACAUCCCCACAUGGAGAAACUGGACCACCUUCCCCAUAUUCUGCAUUUCGUGGAUAAACAUGAGUGAUCUAACACACAUAUUUGAGUUACCUGGAGCAUUUAUAAAAGAUCUGUAGGCUGUUAAACCCUAUUUCUCUCACUUCAUGCAGAUCCCGCCUCUCGGCACCUUCUUCAAUCCCCAGCCACCCUAAUCUCUCUUAUCAUACAAGCUCGGGCUCACGCCUCACGCUCAAGCUCGGCCAAGCCUCCCCCACCUCCCUGCCGGUUUGCCACUAGCAUGAGACGCCCGCUCCCCUCCACUCCCCACCCAAAAACGCCUCCAAGACCAUGCAGCCCCACCCAUAUCCAGGGGCGGAUCCAGAACGGGACUGCGCCCCGGGCUAAGUUGUUGAAUCACACCUAAAACAGUCUAAUCUUGUCUCCUAAGCCUCAUUUUGUUAGGCUAAACAGCACAUAUGUUAAAGGGACUCCAUGGUCUCGCCCCGGGCUGCAGCCCGGGCAGCCCGGGCCCUAGAUCCGCCCCUGCCCAUAUCAGCCAUUAAAACCCACCACGGAGCACUGAGCUUCAUGAUGUCGACCUCUCCGGCUCCCUCUCUUGGCCUAUAAAAGGGUGCCCGAGUCCCUUAUUCAUCUGCACCACCCCUCUCCCCCCAGCUCUUACCACUGGUUCAUUUCAUUUCUUUCUUCCAUGUCAAGCCAAUUGACUGUCAGGUCAUUCUCAGUGCAAGGUUUCGUUACGUGAUUUCCAAAAGUGUCACGUCAUCUAACAAUCAGUGACUUGAUAAAUGAAACUAAGUCUCUCAAUGCAAAGUUUCAUUUCACAAUUUUAUAUGUUAGUGUAUCAUUUAAAUCUUUCAUCCAAGUGCCCAAUGGGAGUUGAUGCAUGUGUGGAGAUGAAACUCAAAUCCUCUCCAUGGAGUUUCAUUCCAGUUUCAUGGCUCUAGGUAAUCGUGUACACCUAGUUUCAUCCCCAUGAAACUCAAUUCUUCUGUUUCUUCUUAAAUUCCAUACCAUGUCAUCACUUUUACCUACGUGGCAUGCCAUUUAAUGAGAACGAAACUCAUGUGAUGUUUGCAUUGAGAAUGGCCUCGGAGUACAUGCUGGGCCGACUUGACCUGUUGAACGCUCAUAGGCUCACGGCCCAAGGCCCAAACUAAACACCUUAAUAAAUUACAAGGCAAACUCAAUUACAUCGACGCGGAAUCACACUGUCACCACUCUUGUGACAGAAGCCAUGAGGCGCUUAAUUUGAGAAAAAAAGUUCCAGCCGAGCCACGUUUAGGGGUUCGACCAGGACCACGGUGGCACGAUUGCACCACACAUGUUUUUUUUCGCUUCGGUUUGCGAAACAACAUUUAUAUUACAUUACAGUGCUUUGUUUAGCACAAAACAGGUGGUAAAGCUGAAGACGGUAUAAGCUUCUGAACGGCCUCUACUUAUUCCAAUGGUCUGAUCUUGGCAUCACACUGCACAAAACAAACUUUGAGCCAAGCUGAUAGGAUGGCGACGUAGCAUUUGCAUUGGAGACUGCAUGGCACCUGCGGAGGAUUUAGGAUGCUUACAUAUCUAUGAUCCCUUCGUGUAUUUCACUUGAUUUUAUUUCAGAUGCAAUGAAAUGUACUUUUUUUACUGUAAUAAGAAAAAGAAUUUAAAAAAAUAGAACCUCCAAUGUCCGUCCCAAGUCCCAGCCCGUGAGGGCUCCACAUCAGGCGGUUUCAGCGAGCGCCCAACAACCUCACAGCCGUGCUACUCGCCGGUCGUGUCCUGCCCCCUGGGUAAACCGCGUGUGCCCUUAGGUACCAACCACCCCACCCACUCGCUCUCCCAGCCGCCGGGCCACCACAACCCCAGCUCAAAGCAUCUAAUCCGUUGCUAUUCGCACGGAACGGUAAAAUUUCUUCGCUUCUUUCCUCAAGGUUUCCAACUGAUUACUCCACGUGGCAUUUGAGUCUAUGCGAGAUUAAAGUGUGGUAGAAAUUGACAUGUGGUUUCAGGGGAUUUAGAUGCCAUAAUUUGGUUGCCUGUAACUUUGUAAGGCUGUGACGACCAAUCUGAUAGAAUACGAGCCGUGAUUUUCCACACCUUCUCAUCUAACUGUGCUUCCAUCUAAAUAUCUAAAUAUUAUGUGCGUACCUGAAAUAAAAUGGGUUUCUAGUCACGGGAUCAUGUGCGCCACCUUCCAUUUCAUGUUUAUUCUGUUCUCUGCUUCUUAAUUGUAUGUCCCAUUCUCCAGAAACAGGCGGAAAACGUAGCUGUAAUGUAUUGAGAAGAGAAUGUUAAAUAAGCCUUGUGCACGUUAGCUGUUUUUCAGCUCAAUUUGUUAGAGCGCAUGGCUGAGGUAGUUAGCUAUGCGCAUGCAGAGUUCUGACAUGUGCACGUUCACAUGAGAGCACGUCUUAGCGGGCCAUGAUCCUGGUGCUUGGGAUGACAGGCAUCGUGAAGGGGUGGUGGCGCGUAUCUCUCGGCUUGAGGAUCGAGUUUUUAGUUUGUAACUCUGUGUUGCUUUAUAAGAGAAUAGAGUCCAAAAAACGCUGCUAGUUCAUGCAGCACCGAAACUGAAUCCUUUUUUCUGGGCAUUCAGUUACAUCGCGUGAGUUGGUGUGUGUGUGCUACAGGAGCUCACCGGCGAUGUACGGACGUUGCUAUUCCGGAGAUUUCUGACAAGUGGCAUCAGAGCCGGUUGCGAGCUAGGAAUUGAUCGCGGCGAGGUACGCGCUGAUGAUGGGGCCUACACCACCGCCGUCGACAAACAAGGGCGACAGGUCAAGCGGCACCAAGGACAGCGUCAUCGUCCAGCGGGUGGUCCGUGAGUUGGGCGGCAGGACUAGCUACUCUGCCCUCACAAAGAACAACUACUCCGGCUGGGCGUUGCUCAUGAAGGUCAAACUGAAGGCGCGAGGGCUCUGGAUGGCGGUCGACGUUCGCGGCGUCGACCUAAUGGAGGACAUGACGGUGCUGGACGCCAUUUGCAGUGCCAUUCCUACGGAGAUGGUGGCCACGAUCGCCAAGAAGGACACGGUGAAGCAGGCAUGGGACGCCAUCACCACCAUGUGCAUUGGCGAUGAUCGGGUAAAGAAAUCCACGGCGCAGCAGCUGCGUCACCAAUUUUAUUUGGUGACGUGCAAGGAGACCGAGUCGGUGGAAGAUUACACGCUUCGUCUAAAUGGCAUGACGACCAAUCUCUCGACACUCGGUGAACCCGUGGAGCAGGUGAAGAUCCUUGAGAAGAUGCUCCGCAGCAUGCCGGCGCGUUUCAAGCAGAUUAUUCUAGCAAUCCAGACCCUGCUCGACCCGACAACCCUCACCGUCGAUGAGUUGACAGGGCACCUGAAGGCUGCGGAGGAGGCAUUCGAACCACCACCGUCGCAGAUGCAACUCGAUGGGAAGCUGUACCUGAUGAAGGAGGAGUGGGACGCGAGGUAGAAGCGGCGGGAGGCAAAGAAACAGGGGCGUGGCGGCGCAAGCGGAAGUAGCGCGGGCACGGGCGUGGACGCAGCAGCGACGGGGGAUCAUCGUCAUCCUCUGGGUCGGCCAACCUCGGUAAGGACCAGUGCCGCGUUGUGGAAAGAAUGGGCACUGGGCUCGGGAAUGUCCCUCCAGGCCAAGGAACAGGAGGCCCAUGUCGUUCAAGAGGAGGAGGCUUCCUUGCUAUUGUUGUGGGCGUGCGUGAGGGAGCAGAAAAAUUCCCCGUCGCCUUUGUCUUCACGUCGCGAGUCAACGCCGCCACCACCAGCGUCCUGGACUGGAUCUCGUGCAACUACUCCGAUAGCGGCGUGGCUUCCACCACCAGUGA